AUGGAGGCGGCAGACGACACCAGUUCCCUGCAGGCCGCGAUUCGAUGGCUGCUGCACACCAUCCUUCCCAGCCUCAGCAAGCUGGACGGGUGGAUUCGCCAAGCAGGGCUCGCCGGCGAGGUGGAGGGGCUCAGGGACGAGAUCGACCAAGUCGACGGGGUCGUCUCCGCCGUGAACGCCAGGUCUGAGAUCCGAAACAGAUCGCUGGCCAGAUCCCUCGCAGCCCUCAAGGAGCUGCUCUACGCCGCCGACGAAGUGGUCGACGAGCUCGACUGCUACAGGCUCCAGAAGGAGCUCCAAGGAGAUCCAUGGCGCCAUCCCAACGGAAUUGAUGGACAAAGUUCUUCAAGCACCUGUGGCACUACCAGAAAUGCAACUGCUGAUAGUUCAUCCAGGAAAAAAAGGAGAAGGGGCAAGGAUUCAGCAGAUGUCACAGCAACCAACACAGGCCCUUGGAGCAAGGACCGAAUUUCAGAAAGGAUACAAGACAUAACUGGUCAGUUGCGAGAUACCCGAGGGAAUGUGCGACGUGUUCUCAAGAUGCUUGGGCCAACGACUCGUGCAGGUCCAAAUCGUUGCCAGAGUACAACCAUGUCAAACCCGCGCCGGGGCACAUCAAGUCUUGUUCAAGGGAAAGUGUAUGGGAGAGCUCAAGAGAAGAGUUACAUCAUAGAGUUGAUAAAAGAACGCAAAUCAGAUGCUGGGGUAACUGUUCUCCCAAUCGUAGGCAUUGCAGGGGUUGGGAAGACGACUCUGGCUCAACUAGUAUACAAUGAUCCAGAUUUGAAAAGUCAAUUUGACCUCUGGAUAUGGAUCUGGGUCUCUAGCAGCUUCGAUGAAACCAGAGUCACAAGAGAGAUGUUAGAUUUUGUCUCCCAGGGAGCACAUAAAGGGCGAUGCAGGUUUCCCAAGCUUCCGGAAGUCUUGAAGGAUCGUGUUAAAUCAAAGAGGGUUCUCCUUAUUUUGGAUGAUAUUUGGGAUGACAUAACUGAUUGCCAAUGGAACCAACUACUGGCUCCUUUUAUGCCGGACAAUGCAAAGGGCAGCAUGAUACUUGUGACAACUAGAAUACCAUCUGUUGCCAAAAAGAGAGGUACAACUGGACCGAUUAACUUAGAUGGUUUGGAAAAUGAUGAUUUCUGGCUAAUGGUCAAAGCGUGUGCAUUUGGCGACGAGAACUAUGAAGAGCAAGCUAGUCUGGGUGAGCUUGGACGGCAGAUAGCAAAAAGAUUACAGGGAAACCCAUUAGCUGCAGAAACUGCAGGGACACUGUUAAGAGAGCAUCUUACCGUUGAUCAUUGGAAUAAUAUUCUGAAGAACGAAGAUUGGAAAUCUCUACAACUCAGUAGUGGCAUCAUGUCUGCUUUGAAGCUUUGCUAUGAUCAGCUGCCCUACAAUUUACAGCAAUGCUUCUCUUAUUGCUCCAUAUUCCCCUACAGUUAUCAUUUUCUUGCUGAGGAGCUGCUACGUAUGUGGAUUUCACAGGGAUUUGUGAAGGGUAGCCAUUCAAGUAUGAUACGGGAAGAAGGGCGGCGCUAUCUGUGUGACUUGGUAAACCUUGGUUUCUUCAAGCAAGUUGAAAGAAAAGAACUCCCUUCUGGCCAUACUCAAACUUACUUUGCUAUGUCUGUUCUUAUGCAUGAUUUGGCUAGGGUAGUUUCAAAAACAGAGUGUGCUGCUAUGGAUGGUCUGCAGUACAAUGAAAUAUUGCCAACCAUACAUCAUUUGUCUAUAGUAACGGAUGGUCAGACUGGGAACAUACCUGGUAGUGAAAAGUUUGAAGAAAAAAUACAGAGCAUAUUUACAUCAGUGGAAAAACUAAGGACAUUUGUGUUGAUUGGGCAGUAUGAACCUUCCUUCUUCGAAGAAGUUUUCCGAAAGGCAUAUAAUUUGCGUGCAUUGCAAAUUUCUGCAACAUCUGCUGAUUUCCAUUCAUUCCGGUAUAGUUUGGUGAAUCUUAUACAUCUUAGAUAUCUAAAACUCGAUGGUCAUGGUGAGCAGGGGAGCUGCUCGCCUCAAGUUCACUUGUAUGAUAAUUCUGCUGUUCGGGAUAAUGCUACUUUCAUUGCCUUGCAGAAUGUGUGUCUAGAGAAUUGCAGAGAAAAGCAAGCAGUUCUAUCUCUGGAAAACCUUCCAUUCCUCACAACAUUGAAGUUAACCAACAUGUGGGGAGUAAGAGAAGUACUGAUUCCGUCAGUGGAGGAGCUAGUUUUAGUUAACAUGUCCGGGUUGGAGAGAUGUUCCUGCACUUCCUUGGCGGGUCUGGUGUCUAGUUUAAGGGUACUGGAGAUCCGGAAGUGCAGCGCACUCAGGGUGUUUGAUCUGUUCGAGAAAGCUCACAACUCGGAAACUCAGCUUAAGCCAUUGGAUUCUCUACAGCUGCAUUCCUGCACGUCUCUGGAAGAUUUGAGAAUUGAAGACUGUGGAGGGAUCAUCGCAAUAGAGGGCCUUCACCUCGUGAAACUCAGGCAUUUGAAUGUAUGCAAAAAAUCAGUUUUUCGUGGUAUAUCAGGGAAUGGCUAUCACCUAGGAUCUCAACUGGAUCUAUUUAUAACUAGUGACUUGUCCCUCCUUACCACAUCAAUCUGCAAGGGGCUCACCUGUCUCCAGAGCCUAAUAAUUCAAAAUUUGAAGUGCGAGACCAGGAGACUAACAGAUGAUCAGGAGAGCGCGCUUCUGCUCCACAAGUCCCUUCAAGAGCUAGUGUUUGAUGAUUGUGGGUACCUCGUGCAUCUUCCUGCAGGACUGCGUUGUCUUCCUGCCCUCAAGAAAUUGAAGAUCAUAAGAUGUAGCAGCAUAUUAAGGCUUCUGAAGGAGGAACUCCCACCUUCGCUGGUGGAACUGGAAAUCGACAAUUGCAGCGUUGAGUUGGCAAAACAAUGCAGAUUGCUAUCAACAAGCAAGCUAGAGGUCAUAAUUUAUGAUGACUAUGACCAAGAAGAAACCGAUACUUCCAGCAACUAG